CGGCGCCUGGUUUAUUAUCGGCGGAUACAUGAGUCGUCAUAUAAAGUGUAAUCUAAUUUUGAUUCUUGUAUUAUUAAAAACCAGAUGCGUCUGUAAGUUUCGUUUGUAAAAUUUGAUGUCAAGAAAUCAAACUUUCAUUUCAUUCUUAUUAACGGAUAAUGUAUGAAGUAACAUUGAAAUACAAGUUUUGAUCUAAAGGUGAAUGUUCUUUAAAUUUUAAUAUAAUCAAUGAAUAAAGUGAUAUCGUUUACAUAUACUUCAAGAGCGUUGUAUAAAAUUUAUUUAUAUGUGCACUUAGUAAAGGCUUCCUUCUUUAGAGCAACGCAACAUAUUGUACAGGAGAAGGCAUUAAAACUAGUUUCUCUUUUUUCUUAACGGUUUUAAAGUGGAAAAUGAAUUUAUACAUCUGAACAAAGUUUUUCUAGGUAUUUUUUAUUUGAAUAAGAAAACCUCAUUGCUGCAUACUUGCAAGUAUUCUAUCAGCGGAAAUAAUGCUCUCAAUAACUCUACAGACUAUUGUCAUAUUGACAACUCCAUGUGUUGCAAUCAAGUCAAAGUUUCGAAUCUUGGACGAUAAGAUAACGGUUGCUGAGAAAACACUGGGAAGUGAAAUGAAUCUGAUAAAAAACGAAUUGUCGGAUUUACGUUCAGAAUUAGAAGUUGAGAAAGACAAAAUUGCAAAUAUACAUAGUGGACCUGCAGUAGAUCAAGAUUGUUCCUGUUAUAACGACAUCCGUCAUAUACGAGAGUUACUCCUGCAACAGGAUCUGCGUCAUCGCUUUGUUGUUGACCAAAUUAACAGUCUUAGAGAAGAAAACGACCGGAUGAAACAAAAGUUCAAAGAACGUCAAACGGCAGCAACUCAGAAGACAGUAAAUGUUGGUGACCUUGAUUCUCAACUUGAAGACUUUAUACAACGCAGUAAAAAUUUAGCAAAGAAAAACAAAAAACGUAUCGGAAGAUUGCAGAAGGCGACAGAAAAUCACCUACUGGAUAUUAAAAAGGCUUUCAAAAAUGAGAAAGUUGCCCGUUGGAAUAAUUCCAGACAUAUCGCAAUGAUUAAUAAGACCUUGUUUAGGGACAGAAACACAGUAGCUAGGCCUGGAAUCUAUGUAGAUAUAGACCGUCUAAAGGAAAAAGAUAAACUGUUUAUCACAAAGGUUUCAACGUUGACACAACAAAUAAAGAAACUGAAGAAAGUAUGUAAAGCUGCCAUCAACCGCCCUUAAUCUAGAACUAAAAUAUCAUUUUCAAUAAUAGCAUUCUUAUAUUUGCUAAGAUUAACGCACGUCCGCUUGUUUUUUCAUCAAAUAAUUGGGUUUCUAUUGUAUUUCGAACUCUACGGAUAUGCGCAUGCUUCAGUUCUAUGUCUAUGCCACACUAGGUUUUGCGUUUUAGCGUCGUAGACUUUUGAAUGUGCAUAUUUUGAUAAUUGAAUGACGUCAUUUCUUGUCGAUUUUUUUUAAUAAUUAUGAUGAAAUUAGGCUUUUUCGGGGGCUUUUAACCAAAGAAAACGGCUCAUUGUGAAAAAAUUCAUAAAUGCUUGGUUAUACAUGUUUCACAAAUUAUUUUAUACUCAAAUAAAUCUUGUUCGAGCUGUUUUUGUUGCAAACUUGUACUUCAAACAAUUUCGGACGCAAACUUUUUCUUGCAAAAUAGUGUUCAACUCUUAGAACAUAUUUAUUGUGUUACAUGUAUAAAAUUAGUCCUGAUCAGCUUUGUACAUUUUGUGCAGUGUCACGUAGGCAUAGGAAAUACAGAUCAAUAUGAUUGUGCCUCUAAUAAUCCUACCUGUUCUGUAUUACAAAAGUUCUUUUAUUUUGACAUUUUGAUACAAGCAAAAUUGUAUUAUCUUCACUAUAAAAUACUUACUGAUGUUUCAUUUUAUUAUCGGCUUGUUAAAAGUUAUUUUUUACCAUAUGUAAGCUGAAAAAAAUCUUAAGAAGUAAGUUUAUAAGAAUAAAUCAAGCACGUAUGAAUAACUCCAA